AGAAGUAUAAAAGGUCUGAGGAGUAAACCACUCAUCAGAUGCUGCCUGCAUUGGGUGUGAAGGACACCUGAUACCCUAUUGAGGACAACUGCUUUGUAUUGUAACCAAUUAAAUAAGAAAUUCUAUUGUUACGACUGUCUCCUGUGAGGUUACAAACAAGAGCAAUCAAAGGGAGCCUUCUACAUCAUUUCUGAAGAACAACAACCUGCUGGCAGAGCCUUAUAAAAGAGCAUCUUCAGCCCGAUACGUGGAACAACGGCUGCUGCUGUUAUUGCUGAAACUCAGGAUUUCACAAGACUACACAAGAACAAUGAGUCCAUCCAAACACCAGAAAAGUGGUGAGGUGAGAAUCGGACACUCUCUACACACGAAUGAGGAAGAGUUUGUAAUCAAAAGGAGAGAAACUGUUUUUCAAAGCCUGCAGGAACUCGAGAUACAUUGCAGUCAGAAUGAGGUGCCUCACAUUGCAUUACUGGGUUCUGGAGGAGGACAAAGAGCCAUGGUGGGUUUGCUGGGAUCCCUGGUUGAGCUGGAUAAAGCGGGUCUUCUGGACUGCAUCCUUUAUCUGAGCGGAGUCUCUGGAUCCACCUGGUGCAUGGCCUCCUUAUACAAAGAACCAGACUGGUCCACCAAACUAGACACCGUGAAAGACAAAAUCAUCAAGAGACUCAGCGGUCCUGAAGUUAGCUGGGGAGACGCAUAUGCCAAACUGAAGAAAUAUCACAAGAAAGACAACUUCAGCUUGACUGACGUCUGGGCAGUGAUGGUUGUCACAGAAUAUGUGAAAGAGAUUGACGAACAGAAACUCACAGAUCAGUGGGACCAGCUCAGUAAAGACCCGUUUCCCAUCUACACAGCGAUUGACAAGCAAUGCAAACAGAAGAAAGAUGGAGACCCCUGGUUUGAGAUCAGCCCACAUGAAGCAGGUUAUUCCCUCACUGGGGCAUUUGUGGAAACAUCCAGCUUCUGCAGUCAGUUUGACAAUGGCUCAAAGAAAAAAGAGCAGCCUGAAAUGGACAUGCUGUACCUGCAAGCUCUUUGUGGCAGUGCUUUAGCUGAUAAAGACGAGAUAUUUAAAUCCUUCUGGGAAAGAAUAAAAGAGUUCUUUCAACAUUUAAUUCCUAUUAAAGAAAUGAACACACUUGAAAGAAAGAGUGAAGACCCAAAAGCCCCACCUGAAGAAAUGUAUUACCAGGUGCUCAUGGAUCUUGUGGACAUGACUGUCUCUGUUUUAAAUGGCGAAGAUACCUCUGAACUUGAUCAAUCCAUCAGAAAAUCACUGAAUGAACUCGGUGAAGGGAAAUGCCAGCUGAAUUUCGCUGAUAAAGAAGCUGCAAAAUUGAAUAUGAAGCAAUACACGGAGGACAUAUACCUUUUCUUGAGCAUUUGUACAUGCAUGGCUAAGUGGAUCUGGGGCAGGAAUUAUAACUUCCUCCACAAAAUGAGAGAUGAAGCAGUGCCUGCCGCUCUUCUGGAAAGUGAGACGAGAGACUAUGAAGAUGCAGGGCUGUUGCUGAACUCACCCUACUUUUCAGUUCUGAGAGAAGAAAGAAACAUUGACCUCAUCAUUUCCCUGGAUUACAGUGACGGCGAUCCUUUCAUGACGGUGAGAGAAACUGCUGAGAUGUGCAAGAAACUAAACAUCCCUUUCCCUGAAGUCAACAUUCCCUGUGAAGAUGUGAAAAAACCAAAGGACUUCUAUGUGUUCGAAGGCCAAAAUGCUCCAACUGUGAUUCACAUCCCUCUGUUUAAUGUGGUCAACUCUGGAGAUGAUGUCGAGACCUGGAGGAAGAAAUAUGCCACUUUUCAUCAUGCUUACAAAGCUGAGAUGAUCACUGAUCUUAUGGAGUUUGCUGGAAAAAACAUCUCAAACAACAGAGAAAAACUGCUGGAGCAGAUUCGAGUGGUCGUCGGGCGAAAAGGACACAACUGAUGACUCUGAAUAUCUGAAAAUUUUGAAUUUGAAAAGAGGACGCAAAGUCCUUACUGUUUAUUUGAAUAUAAAAUUAUAUUCUAGUUACACUUAAUGUUGACACAUUCAAAGUCUUUUGUUCUUUAGUCAACUUAUUUUGGGACUAUCAGUUACAGAGAUGUACCUUUAUUUAUGUCACCAAACUGAUUGAAAAAAAGUGGUAAUAUCGAAGCGAGUUGUUGAUUUUUAAUUAGUCUUCCCAUUAACAAUUUUUUGUUUUUUGGCUCUUUAAACUACUGUAUUGCUUUGCCUCUGUUCCAAUGAAUUAAUACAAUUUUAUAGGUUUAAAAUUUUUAAAAUUUUAUGACGAUCCUCAGAUUCAAACUGUGUGUGUGUUUUGCCUCAGAGCAACCAUACAUUUGUGUUGUGUUUUGCUUUCUUUUUAUAUAUUCUUCAUUUAUUCUUUAUUCAUUUAUUAAUUUAGAAUCAUUAAUCAUUUCAUCAUUGUAUUAUUCCAUUUAAUCAUAUAAUCAUUUAUAAUAAUCAUUAUAAUCAUUUAUAUAUUCAUUUUAUUGAUUCAUUAAUUGAUUAGUAAUUCAUAUUAUAUUAUAGUUGUUUUUUAUAUAUUUUUUUCCAUUGUUGUUUAGUCUUAUGACUGUGUGGCUUCAAGGGCUGUUUGUCUUCAUGAAUAAGAGAUACAAGGGAAUGUUUAUGGAAACUCAAGGUUGUUGUGAAUCAAUUUGGUAUAACAGUACUUGUUGAAUUUGUGUUCUCCAGACGAAGUCUGAGCAUUGAGACAUACGCAACUAUGACUAUUCAAUAAACUCUGCUCCUUUUUAUCAUCA